GCACAUUUCACUGUGGCAGACUCUUUCGGAACGUCUAGACUAACAAACAACAUUUACAGAAAUGCUAAAAGCAAAAGAAGCAAACUGCAGUGACAGUGAGAGGGUCGGAUACAAGAUGCCCGGAUCUGAGACAAAGGUCUAUGUUGGCAAUUUGUCUCAUUCGACCACCAAAGAAAGCUUAGAGUGAAGUCUGCGGAGAUUUGGGCUUGUCCGGAGAUCCGAUAGUUAGUGCUGCUAGAGAUCGGAUAGCUAUUAUCGCUUCGUAGAUUCUUCUUGUAGAUCUUGACGAGUAGGUAUCAAUUAGUGGCCUAGCGCUGAUCCUGUGGCCAAGUUUCUGGCUGUUCAAGAUUUGGUUGUACGUUGAGAGAUCAACGUUGGAUCAAAGAACCAAGCCACAUGGAAGAUCAAAACGGAUCCCGCAUGUUUCCCAACAUCCCCAACUGCAAGGCCAGACCUCAGCCACAGUAGGGACUGUAGAAGCAACUUAGAUAGCGCCGUUGUAGUGCUGUCUUUAGCUGUUUAGCCUGUUAGGAUUAGCCAGUUUCAACAGCCUUUAGAGGAAAAGUCAUUUGCUGCAAAGCAGCACAUCAUGCAGGCCUCCCACUCCUAAAAGUUGCUGUUGUGCUUCAAUGUCCUUCAAGUAGCCAUUGGAUUGGCAGAAGUUGCUUCAUUAAGUAGCGCAGAUCAAGGUGCGAAUAAAGACUUGGCAAAUUUCAGCGUGAGAAAUAUGGCAUGCUUGAGUCUUUGCUGUAUACCGCUGCAGAAUGUGCAAGUGAGAGUCUUCUGCUUCCUGCAGGGAUCACUUCUCACACUAUGGUGAGAUUUCUGAAUGCGUCGUCAUGAUGGACAAGGCCAGUGGCCGCUCGCGUGGUUUUGGCUUCGUGACCUUCACGACAAGCCAUGCUAUGGAUGCUGCCGUUCGUGCCACUCACGAGAUCGAUGGUGCAAACGUGAACUGCAAAAGGGCGGUACGUGAAACACGGGGCGGGAAACAUGACGAUGGUGGAGGUAAUAGCGGUAUGUACAAUGCUGUCAAGAUCUUCGUUGGUGGCCUACCAGCCUCUUGUGACCUUGUCAAGUUGAAAGAACACUUUGGACAGUUUGGAGAAAUUCAAGAUGCUGUCGUCAUGAUGGAUGCUGAAACACAGAGGCAUCGAGGUUUCGGCUUCGUAACCUUCAAGGAUUCGAAGGGUGUUGAGGCAGCCCUCGCCAAUGACAAGGGGAACCAGAUCGACAAGAAAUGGGUAGAGGUGAAGCGCUGCAUGCCACAGGAGGUGAUGCGCGCUCGGGAAAGUGGCGGCAGACAGGAUGACAGACGUGAUGAUGACCGUCGUGAUGGGCCUAUGCCUUACCCGCCGCCGGGGCACCCUCCACCAGGCUACUAUCCUCCUCCUGGUGCUUACGGAGGCUAUCCAGGAUACCCGCCACCUGCAUAUGGUGGCUAUCCCUAUGGCGGAGGCUAUGGGUACCCACCGCCUCCGCCUGACUACUAUGCAGCAUAUGGCUAUCCACCACCGCAAGGAUACCCAUACGGUGGCUAUCCACCACCUAUGCCAACUGCAAGGUCCGAAGACCAGAGCCGUUCCCGAAGCCGGCGGCGGCGCCGGCGGGCGUGAGGAGCUAAUGAGGAUCAUGAGGCUUUCUCAGUUUCCUUGGUUGUUUUGGUA